GAUUGUGCGACUUCAAUUAUUCAAUUUUCAAACGAAUAAUUCGUAACUCUGGUCGAAAGCGAAAACAAACCUGAUUUCGUGUGAAUGGCAGGGAUACCAAAAAGUCUCGAAUAUUAAAUAAGCGCGAAAGAUUAUCUAAAUACAAGUAAAAACAGAUUGUUUCGGAUAAAUUUGAAAAGAUUACGUUUUAAAAAUGAAUGCUGUACGCUUGGGACCUUUGCGCGAUGUGUUUAAACGUUCCUUGUACUCGCCAUUAAAUCAAUUUCUUAGGGCUACCACAAUGACAGCAGCUGUCAAUUGUUGCCAUUCGCCGGCCGCCAUUAGAACUGCAGCAACAUCAAGUGCAAAGAACAAACGCGCCAUAUUGCUCUGGGCAUUGCCAAUUAACAUUUCGCUACGUCGCUUGUCAGUUAAACUUCCAAUUAGGUGCAGCAUGGAGGAACAUUGUGUGGUGCCCGAUGUCAUUGCUAAGGCCCCUCAGCAAACAGCAAGUGUGGAAUAUGUUGGCCGCAUUGUUGUGGAGCCAGGAAUGGUUUUAACUCCCACCCAAGUGAAGAGUCAACCCUGUGUUACCUGGAAGGCUGAUUCCUCGAAACUCUACACCCUGUGCAUGACCGAUCCGGAUGCACCCAGUCGCAAGGAUCCCCAGUUCCGUGAAUGGCAUCACUGGCUGGUCGGCAACAUUCCCGGCAACGAUAUCAGCAAUGGUGAAGUGUUGUCCGCUUAUGUGGGCUCUGGACCGCCACCAGAGACGGGCUUGCAUCGCUAUGUCUUCCUAGUGUACGAGCAGAAGUGCAAGCUGCAAUUCGACGAGAAGCGUUUGCCUAACAAUAGCGGCGAUGGACGCGGUGGCUUCAAGAUUGCCAAGUUUGCCGAGAAAUACAAUUUGGGCGAUCCUAUUGCUGGCAAUUUCUAUCAGGCCGAGUAUGACGAUUAUGUGCCCAUUCUCUACAAGCAAUUGGGUGCCUAAGUGCAAAAGUGGACAAAAUUCAAUUUGUUUCCCACAUCAGAAGCUGUUAUUACAUAAUAAAGAUGAGAAUCAAAUUCUGUUCACAUUUUCAUGGAUAAUACAUUAUUGAAUUGUAUGAGAAAAAAGACAUAAACUCCCCAAUAAUAUUGGCAAUAAAAUUGCUAGAAGCUGCAUUUGAAACGA